AUGGCAAAUUUUUUACUGAUAACCCGAGAGCCUCUUGACGUGGGUGCGAUAAGCACUUUGGUAUCGCAUGAGAAGUGUGGUGCGAUUUCGUUAUUUGUAGGUACUACUCGGAAUUCUUUUGAAGGUAAAACGGUAUGUUCGCUGGAGUAUGAAGCUUAUGAACCAAUGGCUUAUAAAGAACUACAAAAUAUAUGUGCAGAACUACGUUCACGUUGGCAGGAUAUAAUGAAUAUUGCAAUGUACCAUCGUCUUGGUUUAGUUGCGCCCAAAGAAGCAAGUGUCGUUGUAGCAAUCGCAUCGCCUCAUAGACAGGCUUCUUUAGACGCAGUAGCAUAUGCAAUUGAACAAUUAAAGAAAAAAGUGCCCAUUUGGAAAAAGGAAAUGUAUGACAAUGGAGAUUCAGAUUGGAAGGAAAAUAAAGAGUGUCAGUGGGUUGAGUGACUUUUGUGUAAUG